UACCAUAGCAUAGAUUCUAAAUAUUCUGUGGCCAUUUGAAAAGUGAAAUCCCCACUGAAUCAUGGUGUCCAAAUGUCUCAGCUUCCAUCUCCAUCACCAUCCCCACCCCCACUCUUCCCUCACCUCUUCCAUAUACCAAAAUCCAAGGCUCUCUCACUUUCCCACCACUCCUUCGCAGUCAUAUACCAAAUUGACUCUCACUCCUCACCAAUCCUCCCCUUCCCUCCAUAGAAAAACAUGCUCCAUUUUCACCCCCAUGGCUUCAAGCCAGUCAACGCCUAGUUCCAAGUUUGAUGAGUUUGAACCCCAUCCCUCACUUACCAAUGAUGAUCUCAAGCCAACUACAUCCCAUCAAAGGACUUUUACCUGGUGGGAAAUGGCUAGUCUUUGGAUUGGUCUUGUUGUGGGUGUUCCGUCAUACUACCUUGCUGGUAGCCUUGUUGAUCUUGGCAUGGCUUGGUGGCAAGGAAUUGCCACAGUUGUUACUGCCAAUAUAAUCCUAUUAAUCCCAUUAGUCCUCACUGGUCACCCUGGCACCCGUUAUGGUAUUUCUUUUCCUGUCCUUGCAAGGUCCUCUUUUGGAAUCCGCGGUGCCCAUAUCCCCACUCUACUAAGAGCCUUCGUUGGUUGUGGUUGGUAUGGAAUUGAGACUUGGAUUGGUGGCGAGGCAAUUUUUCUCCUUUUACCAAAAUCCAUCAAAGAAUCAACCUUGUCUCAGCUCAUACCUUGGCUUGGUACUUCCCCACUUGAAUUUGCUUGUUUCAUAGCCUUUUGGUUUGCUCAAUUAGCCAUUGUUUGGAAAGGAAUGGAAGGAAUCAGACAGCUUGAGAAGUACUCAGCUCCCAUCCUUAUUCUACUCACUUCCUGGUUCCUCAUUUGGGCUUAUGUCAAAGCUGGUGGCUUUGGCUACAUGCUCUCCUUGUCCUCUAGGCUCUCCUCCUCACAAUUUUGGUCCCUCUUCUUUCCUUCACUCACUGCAAACAUUAGCUUUUGGGCUACUCUUGCACUUAACAUACCUGAUUUUACUCGAUAUGCCAGGAGCCAGACUGAUCAAGUUAUUGGUCAGGCAGGUCUUCCAAUCUUCAUGGGGGCAUUUACAUUUGUUGGCCUAGCCGUGACCUGCUCUACCAAAGUAAUAUUUGGACGAGUUAUCUCCAACCCAAUUCAACUUCUUGGACAAAUAGGAGGAUUCUCAACUAUAAUCCUAGCUAUUCUUGGGAUUAGCUUGGCCACCAUUACAACCAAUAUUGCUGCCAAUGUUGUGGCACCUGCCAAUGCACUAGUCAACCUCAGUCCCACAAAUUUCACCUUCAGAAGAGGAGCUAUUCUAACAGCAUUGCUUGGAAUUGCUUUUCAGCCUUGGAGACUACUUAAAUCAAGUGAGAGUUUUGUUUACACCUGGCUAGUUGGAUACUCUGCGUUAUUGGGUCCGAUUGGGGGCAUAAUUUUAACUGAUUACUAUCUUAUUCACCGAACAAAUUUGAGCAUCAAGGACUUGUACACAUUGAGUCCUUAUGGGGCUUACUAUUAUUCAGGAGGCUAUAAUUUGGCAGCAAUGGCAGCCUUGAUCGCAGGGAUUUUGCCAGUGGUUCCAGGGUUCUUGCAAAAUGUUGGAAUUCUAUCUUCAAUUCCGGACAGUCUUGUUCUCAUAUACAACAAUGCUUGGUUUUUCAGCUUCUUCUCUGCAGGUUUUCUCUACUGGCUUCUAUCCUGUUUGACAAGAAAACAAAAUAGGUCUCUCCCUAUAGAUCCCCUUUUGCCCUCUACAAAUUAAGUGUUGUAAAUAAUCAUCAUACAUUCAUAUCUAUGAAGUGUUGAAAACAAUUAUCAUAAACAACUUAAACAAUUUUUAUGACA